ACCAAUUCCUACUGCAAAAGCAGCCUCUGCAUUUUUGUCUGUCUGAAUGCUGCUAGCACGGCGAGAAAAAAAACAGUGAGGGGAAAGAAAACUGAAGAAAUGUGAAAAUCCAGCGUACUAUUACAUGGCGAGCGGAAGUUCUGCGCAAAUGGGAGUUAUUCGCAGACUCCUUCGAUGCUAGAGACCCCGGAUCAAAAUGCCGAUGCCGAUGAGGACUUCCCUGAGCAGCAUUUGCUGGACGUACAGAAAUUCUGCAGUAAACACCUGCUAUCCUCCCUUGUUUUACUAAAACCAUAGGAAAGUGGAGAGGAGUGCUGCUGAGUUCUUUCUGCUGGAGGAUGCAGCGCUGCACUUUACUCGUUUAAUGGACAGGCAUCUCUACCAGCCUCACUUGUGCGACGUGGACCUCUUGCUGGUUUCCUCCCACAAGGACGUGCUGGGUGACCACAUCCCCUACUUCCAGGCCCUCCUCUCCCAGAGUCAACCGCUGCACUGCAUAAACCUGGCCUUUCAGUUGCUAAGUAUCCAAAUCCUCAACAUCAUCUAUAUCUCCAUCUUCGGAGUCCUACAAGUGGCAGUUGUGCUCCAGAUGAGUUCCUGCCACAAGCUACUUGGGUCCAAUGAGAUGGCAGACACAGAUGGGCAGGGUACUGCCUCGUCCAAUCAGAUGUACAAGAUGAAGGAGCUUGAGAAGAUGUACACACAACAAGGAAAUGGUACAUUCUCAUUGCUUGACAGUGGGGUCAGUAGGGAAGUUACGCAGACACAUUCAUCUAGCGUUCACUCCAGCCCUCAAGCCAAACACUUCUACAAAAAAGAUGACAGUGGAGGGGGAGUGGCUAGCGGAGGAGGGCGGGGCUUAUGCACAGUGGAGGGAGGAGCUAGUCUAAAUGAAGUGGGAUCCCAGGAUAGUUCUGUCUCCUUUAACAGAGAGCAGAUUAUCGUGGAGGUCAACCUCAAUAACCAGACUUUGAAUGUUUCUAAAGGGUCCGAUGGCAAGGGCGUCACCUCAAGUACCUCAUCCUUCCUCGUUCACCGUCACGCCAAUCUUCCCAGUGCGGUGGAGGGUAAGGAACAAGACAAUAAUGAAGAUGUUGGUGAGGAUGAAGAAGAGGAGUAUGAACACAGAAAGGAAGGGAUGGAAAAUUGCAGCGAUGACGAGGACGAUGAGGAUGAAGAAGAGAAUGAUCUCGACAUUCCAGAAACAGGACGCACUAGCGUGGAAAGGCGGCGUGCCACGAGAAUACCAACAGACGCCAUCGGCAUGAGACAGAUGCUAAUUGACUCUACACUAGGGAAGGGGAGGAAGAGGAAGAGGAGUAAAGAGCGGGAGAAUCUGGGGCAGAAGGUGAAGCUGGAAGAAAAGCAGCACUUUUCUUGCAAGAAGUGCCCUCGUAUUUUUAACAACCGCUGGUACUUGGAGAAGCACAUGAACGUCACCCACAACCGCAUGCAGAUCUGCAAUAAAUGCGGCAAGCGCUUUUUACUGGAGAGCGAGUUGCUGCUACACCAUCAGACAAACUGUGAGAAAAACAUACAGUGCGUGACUUGUGGAAAAGCCUUUAAGAAGCUGUGGUCUUUACACGAACACAACAAGAUUGUCCACGGAUAUGCUGAGAAGAAGUUCUCUUGUGAAAUCUGUGAAAAGAAGUUCUACACCAUGGCACAUGUCCGGAAACACAUGGUUGCUCACACUAAGGACAUGCCGUUCACUUGUGAAACGUGUGGGAAAUCCUUCAAACGCAGCAUGUCUCUUAAAGUGCACUCUCUUCAACACUCAGGAGAAAAGCCCUUCAAGUGUGAGAACUGCAGUGAAAGAUUCCAGUACAAAUACCAGCUGAGGUCACAUAUGAGCAUCCAUAUCGGACACAAGCAGUUCAUGUGCCAGUGGUGUGGGAAAGACUUCAACAUGAAGCAGUACUUCGAUGAACACAUGAAGACCCACACUGGAGAGAAACCAUAUAUCUGUGAGAUCUGUGGAAAGAGCUUCACGAGCCGGCCCAACAUGAAACGGCACCGCCGCACUCACACUGGCGAGAAGCCGUACCCCUGUGGCGUCUGUGGACAGCGUUUCCGCUUCUCCAAUAUGCUCAAAGCCCAUAAGGAGAAGUGCUUCCAGGUCAGCAACCCCAUGGUAUCUGAUUCCACCAACCUUGUGGACCUGGACCCUACGUCAACUGAUAUGGACACGCCGGCCAAUCAGUUACCCAGCCACCCUGUAACCCCUCCCGGUGAGGCGUCCAGUCUCCACCAGGUCAAGUCGCUCUCGUUACCCUUCGUUCACUCUAUUAUAGGUCUUCCAUCUCCCCCGGGCCUGUUUUCCACUGAAAGGGUUAACUCCGGUAACAACUAGUUUUGAAUAUAAGGUUGAAGUUAUUUGGAUUGUUUCUUGUCUGACACCCAAAGCUAGCAGUAGCUCCCCAUGAGCUUUUUGAUUCACAUCCAAUGUGAAUCACUCUCAUAGGAGUUUCCAAACAUGCCGAGUGAGGUCUAAGACUUCCAGCGGAUGUUUGAACAGUGUGUGACACUGAAUAUUCCUUUCAAACUGCAAAGUUU